GUCGCUUCUACCAUCCCUCCAGGGCAUCGAAUAGGCAUACACGGGACUUACAUAUUCAGGCGCUUACGUUAGUUUUAUUAGUAUCUUUGAUCUUAACGAUUGUUUAGCUUUUCGCUCUUAUUGCCGAACGCGAAGCAUUGGGAAUGAUGGAUCUAGUGGAGUUAAGUAACAACUCCGUCCCACUCGCCAAGCUAGUAUUCACCGCUAGGACAGUAUUUUGGCAGGGCGUAUAUAUUGUCGACGACCAACUAGUACAAUCGGAAGCGGGAACGUAAUAAUUGAGCUCUAUAUUUAAGCCUGAAAUUUAUAGGAUAUAUAAGACUAGACAUCUCCUCCGGCCGGUCUGGAAAGGUUUAAAAAAUCAAUACGAGGAUACCAACUGUUUAUUCAAACCAUUCGCAACAAAGAUGGGAAGCCCUGAAGCAUAUUAUCUUCCACACCUCUACAGUGGCCUAAAAUUCCAUUCCUCUUCUGAGCCUCCCUGUUAUGGAGCGCUGGAGACUCCGAUCGUCACUACCGGGACCGUCAUCGUCAAGCCGCUAUACUCUAUCAUUGUUCAGUACGCCAAUGAAAUUUUCGCAAACGGGAAUCCUAGAGGUUAUAAAUACCCUCUACCCAUUACUCCCGGCGGUUCAUGCAUCGCUCGCAUCGCUGCCGUACCAUCAGAUGCUACGAGCCUAAAACUAGGGCAGCUAGUAUUCGUUGAGUUAACUGUAAGGUCUCGAGAAGACCCUAACAUCAAGGUCCUAAGAUCGUUCCACGAGGGUCCUACCGAGGCGACAAAGAGGUUAAUGCGGGAGUGGUGCAACGGAUCCUGGGCCAAAUUGAUGAACGCCCCGCUCGAGAGUGUGCAUGCCCUAGACGAGAGCAUUCUAGUAGAGAAGUUAGGAUACAAGAUUGAAGAGCUUGGAUCGCUCUCCCAACUAGUCGUGCCAUACGGCGGUCUCUCAGACGUCGAUUUGAAGGCCGGAGAGACUGUUUUAAUUGCCCCGGCUACCGGAUCUUUUAGUAGCGCUGCUGUUCAUGUCGCUCUUGCUAUGGGAGCUAGAGUCAUCGCCAUGGGAAGAAAUGAGACUGCUCUUGCUGAAUUGAAGAAACUCGCAGAGCCCGGAAGGGUCGAAACUGUCAAGAUUAGCGGCGAUGUGGAAGAAGAUUUUGAUGCCUUGUCAAAAUUUGGGCCGAUAGAUGUGUAUUUUGACAUCUCUCCGCGUCCGGCCAGUACGAGUUCGCACAUUAGAGCAGGUAUAUUUGCUUUAAGAGCAGGAGGCCGUAUGAGUCUGAUGGGAGGAAUCCCGGGCGACAUUAGCUUGCCCUACUGGCAUAUCUCAAUGAACGGCCUCACGAUUAAGGGGACUUUUAUGAAUACAAGUCAACAGGCGAAAGAUUUGAUCAAGCUUCUCGAAAGGGGAGUAUUGAAGAUUGGUACUAGAGCGGGUAUGGAAGUAGUAGGCAAAUUUAGGCUGGAGGAUUGUGAAGAGGCAUUUAAUACUGCCGCGGCGAAAGGAGGACCAGGAAAGAGUGUGUAUUUCACCCCGAACGAAGAGUGGAGUGUUGCCUACAGGUAGAUGUACGAAGUAGAAUAGAAAUGGAUA